ACAGAGAAAAACUCCUGCUGAAGCGACUGAUCUCCACACUGUUAUAAAGAUGGUGUUUAUUAAAGAGGAGAGUGAAGAUGUGAAGAUUGAAAAAACAUUCAGAGUCAAACAGGAAGAUCUGCAGGAACAAACAGACUUAAUUGAAGAGAAUGAGGGGAGUAAAGAGGAGGAACAUCAUGACAAAAUUGAGGAAAAAAGUAAAUUACAGACUGAUGGUAUUUUGAAAAGGGGAGACAGGAAUUGUUUCACCUGCACUCAGUGUGGAAAGAGUUUUGGAAGACAAAGCAGUCUUAAAAUUCACAUGAGGAUCCACACUGGAGAGAAACCAUUCACAUGCACCAAGUGUGGGAAGACUUUCAGCCAAAUAUCAUCCCUUAAUCAACACAUGAGGAUCCACACUGGAGAGAAACCAUUCACAUGCACCCAGUGUGGGAAGACUUUCAGACAAAUAACAGCCCUUAGCAAACACAAAAAAAUCCACACUGGAGAGAAAUCUUUCACAUGCACUCAGUGUGGGAAGAGUUUCAGCCAAUCAUCAUCCCUUAAUAGUCACAUGAGGAUCCACACUGGAGAGAAACCAUUCACAUGCACUCAGUGUGGGAAGAGUUUCAGCACAUCAUCAUCCCUUAAUCUACACAAGAUGAUUCACACUGGAGAGAAACCAUUCACAUGCACUCUGUGUGGGAAGAGUUUCAUCCAAUCAUCAUCCUUUAAUCUACACAUGAGGAUUCACACUGGAGAGAAACCCUUCACAUGCACCCAUUGUGGGAAGAGUUUCAUCCGCUCAUUAUCCCUUGAUCUACACAUGAUGAUCCACACUGGAGAGAAACCCUUCACAUGCACCCAGUGUGGGAAGAGUUUCAGCCAAUCAUCACACCUUAAUCAACACAUGAUGAUCCACACUGGAGAGAAACCCUUCACAUGCACCCAGUGUGGGAAGAGUUUCAGCCAAUCAUCACACCUUAAUCAACACAUGAUGAUCCACACUGGAGAGAAACCCUUCACCUGCACUCUGUGUGGGAAGAGUUUCAGCCAAUCAUCAUACCUUAAUCUACACAUGAUGAACCACACUGGAGAGAAACCAUUCACAUGCACUCAGUGUGGGAAGCGUUUCAGCAAAUCGUCAUCCCUUAAUCUACACAUGAGGAUCCACACUGGAGAGAAACCUUUCACAUGCACUCAGUGUGGGAAGAGUUUCAGCCAAUCAUCACACCUAAAAAAACACAUGAGAAUCCACACUGGAGAGAAACCAUUCACAUGCAUCCAGUGUGGUAAGAGUUUUAACUGCUCAUCAUCCCUUAAUCAACACAUGAGAAUCCACACUGGAGAGAAAUCAUUCACAUGCACUCACUGUGGGAAGAGUUUCAACCAACCAUCAAACCUUAAUCACCACAUGAAGAUCCACACUGGAGAGAAACCAUUCACAUGCACUCAGUGUGGGAAGAGUUUCAGCAUAUCAUCAUCCCUUAAUCUACACAUGAGGAUCCACACUGGAGAGAAACCUUUCACAUGCACUCAGUGUGGGAAGAGUUUCAGCCAAUCAUCACACCUUAAAAAACACAUGAGAAUCCACACUGGAGAGAAAUCAUUCACAUGCACUCACUGUGGGAAGAGUUUCAACCAACCAUCAAACCUUAAUCACCACAUGAGGAUCCACACUGGAGAGAAACCAUUCACAUGCACUCAGUGUGGGAAGAGUUUCAGCAUAUCAUCAUCCCUUAAUCUACACAUGAGGGUCCACACUGGAGAGAAACCAUUCACAUGCACUCUGUGUGGGAAUAGUUUCAGCCAAUCAACAAGCCUUAAUGAACACAUGAAGAUCCACACCGGAGAGAAACCAUUCACUUGCACUCAGUGUGGGAAGAGUUUCAUCCGCUCGUCAUCCCUUAAUAUACACAUGAGGAUCCACACUGGAGAGAAACCAUUCAAAUGCACUCAGUGCAGUCUUAAAAUUCACAUGAUGAUCCACACUGGAGAGAAACCAUUCACAUGCACUCAUUGUGGAAAAAGUUUCAGCCAAUUAUCAUCCCUUAAUCAACACAUGAGGAUCCACACUGGAGAGAAACCAUUCACUUGCACUCAGUGUGGGAAGAGUUUCAGCCAAUCAUCAUCCCUUAAUCUACACAUGAUGAGCCACACUGGAGAGAAACCAUUCACUUGCACUCAGUGUGGGAGAAGUUUCAUCCAAUCAUCAGACCUUAAUAAACACAUGAGGAUCCACACUGGAGAGAAACCAUUCACUUGCACUCAGUGUGGGAAGAGUUUCAGCCAAUCAUCAUCCCUUAAUCCACACAUGAUGAGCCACACUGGAGAGAAACCAUUCACAUGCACUCAGUGUGGAAAAAAAUUUCACUGCUCUUCACACCUUAAUCUACACAUGAGGAUCCACACUGGAGAGAAACCAUUCACUUGCACUCAGUGUGGGAGGAGUUUCAGCCAAUCAUCAGACCUUAAUAAACACUCGAAGACCCACACUGGAGAGAAACCGUUCACAUGCACUCAGUGUGGGAAAAGUUUUCACUGCUCUUCACACCUUAAUCAACACAUAAGGAUCCACACGGGAGAGAAACCAUUCACUUGCACUCAGUGUGGGAGGAGUUUCAGCCAAUCAGCACACCUUAAUCAACACAUGAUGAUCCACACUGGAGAGAAACCAUUCACAUGCACUCAUUGUGGAAAAAGUUUCAGCCAAUCAUCAUCCCUUGAUCAACACAUGAGGAUCCACACUGGAGAGAAACCAUUCACAUGCACUCAGUGUGGGAAGAGUUUCAACCGAUCAGCAAACCUUAAUAAACACAGAAAGAUUCACACUGACAAGAAUCACUUCACCUGCACUCAGUGUGGAAAGAGUUUUGGAAGAAAAGGCAAAUUUAGGAUUCACAUGAGGAUCCACACUGGAGAGAAACCAUUUACAUGCACUCAGUGUGGGAAGAGUUUCAACCAAUCAUCACACCUUAAUCAACACAUGAGGAUCCACACUGGAGACAAACCAUUCACAUGCACUCAGUGUGGGAAGAGUUUUAACUGCUCAUCACACCUUAAUCAACACAUGAGGAUCCACACUAGAGAGAAACCAUUCACAUGCACCCAGUGUGGGAAGAGUUUCAGCCAAUUAUCAAACUUUAAUCUACACAUGAGGAUCCACACUGGAGAGAAACCAUUCUCAUGCACUCAGUGUGGGAAGAGUUUUAACUGCUCAUCAAACCUUUAUCAACACAUGAGGAUCCACACUGGAGAGAAACCAUUCACAUGCACUCAGUGUGGGAAUAGUUUCAGCAAAUCAUCAUCCCUUAAUCUACACAUGAUGAGCCACACUGGAGAAAAACCAUUCACAUGCACCUCAUGUGGGAAGUGUUUCAACCGCUCAUCACACCUUAAUCACCACAUGAGGAUCCACACUGGAGAGAAACCAUUCACAUGCACUCUGUGUGGGAAAAGUUUCAGCCAAUUAUCAUCUCUUAAUAAACACAUGAGGAUCCACACUGGAGAGAAACCAUUUACUUGCACUCAGUGUGGGAAGAGUUUCACCCAGUCAUCAAACUUUAAUAUACACAUGAGGAUCCACACUGGAGAGAAACCAUUCACUUGCACUCAGUGUGGGAAGAGUUACAGCCAAUCAUCAUCCCUUAAUCUACACAUGAUGAGCCAUACUGGAGAAAAACCAUUCACAUGCACUUCAUGUGGGAAGUGUUUCAUCCACUCAUCACACCUUAAUCGACACAUGAGGAUCCACACUGGAGAGAAGCCAUUCACAUGCACUCAGUGUGGGAAGAGUUUCGGCCAAUCAUCAUCCCUAAAUCAACACAUGAGGAUCCACACUAGAGAGAAACCAUUCACUUGCACUUAAGCCGUGGUCACACUGGACUUUUCUCCCCAUAGACUUCCAUUUAUACACACGCGAAUGCGUCAGACCGGAAACGCAAGUUCGUGUGUCAAGUUUCGCAGUUCUCUGCUUUGUAAAGUUCAAGCUUGGUGAACUAUGACCUGUGAAAUUGCAUCACUUGACUGUGUGAGACCAAUCAAAGAUCAAUACAUAACCUCUCUGGACAGUAAUGUAAAAUAUGGACCAAUCACUCACUUCUUUAGUGUCUAAUCUUUUUGUUGAAUCCCGCCCCUUUUCGCAGCGCUGUACAACAGAAUUUUGCAUGCUCAAACCCGUGACCACAACUUCGGCUUUCAACAACUCCUCAGACCUUAAUAAACACAUGAAGACCCACAAUGGAGAGAAACCAUUCGCAUGCGCACUCAGUGUGGGAAGAGUUUCAACCGAUCAGCAAACAUUAAUAAACACAUGAAGAUCCACACUAGAGAAGUGAAGAGAAGUUUAUUACAGCUCCACAAUUGAAACUGCACCAGACGUUUCACACUGGAGAGACCGUACAAGUGUUCACACUGUGACAAGAGGUUUAAUCAGUUAACACAUCUGAAAACACAAAAGAGGAUUCACACUGGAGAAGAGCUGCACAAUUAAUCGUAAAAAUAUUGCGAUCUCUAUUCGACCCCCUAGACGAUCUUAAUUCAGCAUUUCUACGAUUUUGUCAAUCAUAUUUUCAAGAUCAGGAGAGAAGCAAAGGUGGCCGCACAAGUCUUCACUUUGUUUUACAUACUUUGUUCAGCAACGUGGACACCUCCAAAUGGUGUUGGAAGAGUCACAUGCUGUAUUUUUAAUUUCUGUCUUCAUAUAAUGAUGUAUUUGCAACUGCAAAAUCACACAUGACGCGAGCUGACUGUCAGCUGUUACCACAGAGAGGGCAGGUACGCGCCUGUGAAUUAAGUCUACUUUAGUGAACAGAACUUACAUAGGCUGUGAAUAACAGGUAAUAAAGUUGUAAAUAACAUUCAGUUUGUGGCACAGAGUGAUUGUUUGGGAGCCACGGGGGAAGCAUG